GCCACUCCCCAACUGUAGAGAAAUCACGAAAACUACAUGAUCCGACGCCUUUCAAGCAACUUCUCAGCACCGAAGUGGCAAACAAUCAGGGCCUUCUCAAUGGCGUGGUACUGUUCCGGGUCCACCAACACUGAACUGGUGGAGAAUCUAUUCAAGGUCGAGCUUAUCAAGAAUGAACGUGUCAAGGAAGCUAUGCUGGGCGUUGAUCGAGCCCACUACGCUCCGUCGCGGCCCUACUCGGACUCGCCGCAGCCCAUCGGACAUGGUGCCACCAUCUCAGCUCCGCACAUGCACGGCCACGCCUGCGAGUACCUCAUUGAUCAUCUUCACCCGGGCGCGCGAGUGCUAGACAUCGGAUCUGGCUCCGGAUACCUCACCCAUGUCUUCGCCAACCUAGUCACGGCUCCCGGUGCAUCAGACCAGGGCCAAGUCAUUGGAAUUGACCACAUCCCCGAACUGGUGGAACUGGCCCGGAUCAACAUGAACAAGUCCGAUGAUGGCCGGGAGCUGCAGAAAUCCGGCAAGGUGAAAUUCAUCACGGCGGACGGGCGCCUGGGAUGGAAAGAAGGAGCUCCGUACGAUGCGAUCCACGUCGGUGCAGCCGCCGAGAAGCUCCACCCCGUUCUGAUCGAGCAAUUGCAAGCUCCUGGACGACUGUUCAUUCCGGUAGAAUCGACCAACGACGGGAGUAUCAUGAGUAGCCUUAGUGGAGGCCAGUACAUCUGGGUCGUGGACAAAAAGGCCGACGGGUCGGUUCAUAAGAAGAAGGUCUUUCAGGUCAGCUACGUUCCUCUCACGGACCCGCCUCGAUCAUGAAGAACCUCCUACUAUCACGACACGAAUGUGGCCAAUGCAAUGCCACUUUC